CACUAGCUAACACAACUCAGUGUGCCUCCAGCUGUCAGUCGCAGCAGAUCGUACAUAUAGGAGUAAAAUGGCCACCAGCAAGUGGGAAUCCGACGAGGAGAUACAGUACUUUCGCGAGUAUCUGCGCAUCCCAAGCGUACAUCCCGAUCCGGACUAUGCACCAUGCGUUGAAUUCCUAAGACAACAGGCAGAUCUGAUGGAUCUGCCGAUAAAAGUGUAUUACCCAGCAAAUGAACAGAAUCCCGUGGUGGUUUUGACUUGGGAAGGCCUCGCUCCCGAGUUGCCCAGCAUUCUGCUAAACUCCCAUAUGGACGUAGUGCCCGUGUUCCCAGAAAACUGGACCCACCCACCAUUUGGAGCCGACAUCGAUGAGGAGGGUCGCAUUUUCGCCAGGGGCACACAGGAUAUGAAGUCCGUGGGAAUGCAGCACCUUGCCGCCAUUAGAGCGCUGAAAAGAAGUGGAGCGAAAUUCAAACGAACCAUCCACAUCUCAUUUGUGGCGGAUGAGGAGAUGGGCGGUCGCUAUGGCAUGCGACCUUUUGUGCCCACUGAUGAUUUUCGUGCUCUAAAUGUGGGAUUUGCAAUGGACGAGGGAUUAGCUUCACCCGAUGAGCAUCUUCCUCUUUUCUACGCAGAGCGAGCAGUUUGGCGUGUGUAUUUCAACAUCAGUGGAACUGCCGGCCAUGGAUCGCUUUUGCUGCCCAACACAGCUGGUGUUAAGCUGAACUAUAUAGUGGGGAAGAUGAUGGAGUUUCGCAGGAGUCAAGUGCAGAGAUUGGAGAACAAUCCAGACUUGGUCAUCGGCGAUGUCACGACCAUUAACUUGACCAAACUGGGUGGGGGAGUUCAGAGCAAUGUGGUGCCUCCUUCGCUGAUGGUUUGCUUCGAUUGCCGCUUGGCUCUCGAUGUGGAUUUCAAGGAGUUUGAGUCCAAUCUACACAAAUGGUGCGACGAUGUGGGUGGUGGCGUCGAGAUCACCUACGAGCAGAAGCAGCCCAAAGUCCCGCCCACCGCCAUCGAUGAUAGCAAUCCCUUCUGGCUUGCUUUCAAGAAAGCCACCGAUGAUAUGCACAUCUCCAUCAAGCCACAAAUAUUUACCGGUGGCACUGACAGCAGAUACAUCCGUGCCGUUGGCAUCCCAGCCUUGGGAUUUUCCCCCAUGAACAACACACCUGUGCUGCUCCACGACCACGAUGAGUUCAUCCAGGCGGACAUCUAUCUGCGCGGUGUGCAGAUUUUUCAGAACAUUAUUCGCAACGUAGCUAAUGCCUACUUUCGUUUAUAUAGAAACACAAUGGCUGCUAGGAACUGGGAGACCAACGAGGAGAUCAAAUAUUUCCGCGAAUACCUGCGCAUUCCAACUGUGCAUCCAAAUCCCGAUUAUGAACCUUGCGUUGAAUUCCUAAAGCGUCAGGCUGAGGAUUUGGAUCUACCCGUUAAGGUUUUCCAUCCCCUCGAUAAGCAAAAUCCCGUGGUCGUUCUCACCUGGGAGGGCACUGAAAGGGAAUGGCCGAGUAUCUUGCUAAACUCCCACAUGGAUGUAGUGCCCGUAUUCCCCGAAAACUGGACCCAUCCACCGUUUGGGGCAGACAUCGAUGAGGAGGGUCGCAUUUAUGCCAGAGGUUCCCAGGACAUGAAGUGUGUGGGGUUGCAGUACUUGGCGGCCAUCAGAUCGUUGAAAGCCAAAGGAUUGAGAUUCAAGCGAACCAUUCACAUAUCAUUCGUUCCCGAUGAAGAGUUGGGUGGGCGAAAGGGAAUGAUGCCUUUUGUCAGUUCGGAUGAGUUUAAGGCUCUAAAUAUUGGCUUUUCCCUGGACGAGGGAAUCGCUUCUCCGACUUCCGAGUUUCCCGUUUUCUACGCCGAGCGAACUGUGAAAGGUGUAAUUUUUAAGAUCAGUGGAUCAGCGGGACAUGGCUUGCUUCUAAUGCCGAAUACAGCGGGCGAGAAGCUAAGUUAUAUAACUAGCAAGAUGAUGGAGUUCCGUGCGAGUCAGCAAAAGCUCUUGAAGGAUAAUCCAGAGUUGCAGAUUGGCGAUGUGACCACCAUUAACCUGACCAUCGUCAGUGGCGGAGUCCAAAGCAAUGUGGUGCCACCCUUGCUGACAGUCGUUUUCGAAGUUCGAUUGUCUUUGGAUCGUAAAGUAUCCGACUUUAAAGCUUAUUUGGAGAACUUGUGUGAGGAGGCUGGUGGCGACAUCGAGUUCGAGUUCACUUCAAACCGAAGAAGCGAACACACUGCUCCCACCGUCACUGAUGAGUCUAAUCCCUUUUGGGUGGCCUUUAAAAGUGCCACAGAUGAGCUAGGUCUGAAGACCAAACUGCAGGUCUUUCCCGGCGGCACCGAUAGUCGCUACAUUCGCGAUAAAGGCAUUCCUGCAUUGGGAUUUUCUCCUAUGAAUAACACUCCGGUUCUCUUGCACGACCACGAUGAGUUUCUUCAUGCGGAAACGUACUUAAAAGGUGUUGAGAUAUACAAAAAAAUUAUUGAAAACUUGGCCAACGUUGAAAACUAAUUUCUUCUGAAUUAG